AUGGACAAAGACUUAGUCAUGAAUGAUGAAAUAGAUUGGGAAGAAAAAUCUUACCAAAAACCUGUGCAGGUGAAAGAUGAAGCAGACAAUGAAGAAAUAAUAAACCAUGUGGAUGGGCCUGUAAUUGAGGAUGUAAGUCAAGUGACCAAUAGCAUGCCAUGCACCAAAGGUCUCAUUCCAAUUUCAUGUUCAGUACCUGCACCAAGAAAAGAGGCAAGGGAGAAAACCCCAAAAUGCAGAGAUAAACCAGUGUGGUCAACCAUAUUUGAAGCAGAUGAUGGUGAUCGGAUAGAUAAUACUCCUAAAGUAUCUGAAAUGGAGCCACAUCAGGUCACUGCAGGUGAUAAAGAUCAGGAGUGUGACAGCCGAUUGAAGCCUUUGCGUGAGAUUGCAGCUACGGUUGUCUGUCAGAACCUUGAAUACAUAGAAGAGGAAAAAGAAAUCUGCUUAACAGGCCAAUAUGUUGGGUCCUGCUUGCUGUCUAGAAGACAAAUGGAAAGAGGUGAUCUAUUAAAUGAAGGAGAUGAUCCUAAAGAACACCACAAUGCUUCGCAAGGUGUUAUAAUAAUAGAAGAUCUGCCUCAUGUGGUACAGAAGGGGAAUUACAUAGAUAUUCAUGAAUUUCAUCACAGUGAUGACAAGAUAGCAGUACUUGCCAAUAGCGACAACAGGUCACAUGCAAUUGAUUCCAUCAUGAAGACAAUGCUUGACAUGUUAUACAUCUUAGAAGAUAUUGUGAAGGUUCUGGGCAGUCCAUCAACAUUACCAGCACCAUGGUCAAAGAAGAGGAGCAGAAAAAGAAGAAUAGGAGGGAAGACUGUUAGUCCAUCUGCCCCACUGGUAUCAUGUCCAAAGAAGAGAAUCCAAGGGAAAGGAAGAGUGUGCACAAAAAGACAAAGAAAAAAGAAGAAAAUGAAGAGGAAGUAUGGAAUAUUAGAGAAUAGAGGCAUCUUGAUGAAGCUGAGCAAAAGAAAUAUGGAGCAUUUUGCCAGAGGAAAAAAGAAAUCACAAUUGUGUCAGACCAGCAAUGGGCAAGUUCAAAUAACCAAAGGAAAUUGCACAAAAGAAAUGCUUGAAAUCCUCCAGCUAUUUUGUAUGAAUUUUCCUGAAAACAAGCAUGAAGAAGUGUCUAAAGCCAAACUUCAAGAGAAAUCGCCCACAAGUGGUCUGCCUGGAGAUUUUUUCAAGUAUUAUGCAGCAUUUGUCCCAAAGCAAUACAGGCACAUUUUUGUCUACCCUGCGAGCCUAAAUGAAUACUUCAGUCGUCUUGCAAAAGGACCAGCCUUUCUCCAAGGAGAAGAAAACAAAUAUGAAGCUGUGCGCCUGGCCAGCUUUAGAGCUUGGCCUCAGUGGGCACCUGUGGCUGCUACAAGGCUGGCAAGAUCUGGGUUCUAUUACUCUGGUAAUGGGGAUGAGGUUGUUUGCUUCAGCUGUGGGGGCCAUCAUAGGCAGUGGUCCCGUGGAGACAACCCUAUGGAUCAACAUAGGCUAAGCUUUCCUGAUUGCAGAUUUGUUAGAGGGUCAGACACAGAAAAUGUUCCAUUAGUCCCAGGGGUAGCACUGCGGGACUCAUCAGAUGGCACAGACCCCUUCCCAAACUUGGGUAGGUCUGGUAGCCAUGGAUUACUGGGUGGUGAUCUGGCAAGUCAGCAAGCUUUACAGCAGUCACUUGGCUUUCCCAAUCAAGAUGUUUUAGUCCAGUCACUAAUAAGCAUUGGAACCUCAACCUCUGAGAUUUCCCAGUUACGUGGACCAGCAAAUGAUUCUUUUAGCCACUAUCAACAUCUGGCUGGAACCAUCGGAGGGGGGCAAGAUGAAAGGGAUAAUGAUAGAAACCCAACCCAAACUGCUGGUACCUUCACACAUCAGUCUACUGAGAUGAAAAGUGAAGCAGCAAGACUGAGGACCUUUGCCCACUGGCCAAUAUCAGCCCAUGUGAGACCACAUGACCUGGCCAAAGCAGGCUUCUUCUACACUGGAAAUGCAGAUUCUGUUCAAUGUGCAUUCUGCAGUGGAAUUCUUAGAAAUUGGGACCCAGGUGAUCGCCCAAUGCAGGAACAUCGCCAUCACUUUCCAACAUGCCCGUUUGCAUUGGGUGUAGAUGUGGGCAAUAUUGCUUUAGAGCCAGAUCAAGCAAACUUGCCCUCAGCAAUUCAGGUGUCUUUGGUCACUUCCUCUGCAGCAGGAGGUACUGCCACCACAUUGGGGGGAAACUUCUAUAGAGGCGAUGAUCUGGGUAUUUUGACUGAGAGACCUAAGCAUGAAAGAUUUGCUGUAGAAUCUACGAGGUUAGCAACAUUUUCUCAUUGGACCUCCCAUAACACGCAGAAGCCAGAAGUGUUAGCUAAAGCAGGAUUCUUUUAUGCAGGCUUUGCUGACAAUGUGAAGUGUUUCUUCUGCGAUGGAGGCCUUAGAAACUGGGAGCAUGGUGAUGACCCCUGGACAGAACAUGCCAGAUGGUUCCCACGCUGUGGGUUUGUAAAACAGUGCAAAGGAGAGGACUUUAUCAGAGAUGUUCAAGCUAAACAUCCACCUCAGUACCCACCAAACCAGCCAAGACCUGCGAUUGCGACACCCCUACCUGCUCAAAGCUCUGCGGCAGUUGCCAGGCCCCCAGGGCAGUUCCCUGUAGAACCAAGAGAGAUCAAGGCAAGGCUGGAUACACCUACGGUCCAGGCUGUCCUGGAAAUGGGCUGUUCUAGAACAGUGGUGCGCACUGCCAUUGAAAACAGACUCCGCACUGUUGGCGAUGAUUUUCCUAAUGCAGAAAGCCUCUUGGAGGCCAUCUUUGAAAUCGAGGAAAGCAUGAAUAGGGAAGAGAGCCAGUCAAGUGCUGGUGGAGUACCUGAGCCAGCCCAGCCACCCAGAGAGCAGCAGCCACCCCGAGACACACGCAGCACAAACACUACAACCCAGACAAAGAAAAAAACAGAAGAGAAGAAGAACAAGAAGAAAAAAGACAAAAAGGGUGCAGGGGCUACUAUUGGUCCUCCUGGUGAUAAAGAUGAAGAAGCAAAGUCACUAAUGGAGGAAAACCUACGACUGAAGGAACAGAGAACCUGCAAAAUCUGCAUGGAUGAAGAUGUCAGUGUGGUAUUCCUACCUUGUGGCCACCUGGUGGCUUGCACUCAGUGUGCCCCAGCUCUGCGCAACUGCCCCAUAUGUAGAGCUAUAAUACGUGGCACUGUACGCACCUUUUUGAGUUAAAAAUGGCUUCCAGAUGGUGUACAACUGGGCGCAAAAUCUGUGCUUUGUAUGCCACAUUGCCGUUUACCUUGGCUAAAACUUGUGACUUUACAUAUUGUCCGAUUUUUAAAAAUCCUUCAAAUAUCCAGUUAUAUUUUAAUUUAAGUUUACUUAAACGUGACAUCAGAAUCACACUGCUUUUUACAUGUACAUCAAAAAAAUAUCCACUGAAUGAUACCAAUCAGAUUUUGCUUAAUUC